AUGCAAGAUGGUAAUUUGUCUCUUGCUGCUUCAUCUAAUGCACAGAAGUUGUGUUCUAUCAAUUACCUCAAGUUGCAUCAGCCCGCUCAUGUGGAGAAAUUGGGAGAAAAGGAAAACANUGCUGCUGCUGCUGCUGCUGCUGCUGCUGCUGCUGCUGCUGCUGCUGCUGCUGCUGCUGUGGUUUCAUUGCUUUCUCGGGGACAUUUUUCCAACUGA